AUGAGAAUCGCAACCAUAUCAUCGUUUGCCGGCGCCAUUCUGGCUGCAACCGUCUGGGCCGCACCAGUCGAUCCGGAACAACACCCCAUGGUGUCUGUUGGAUACCCACAGGUCCCUGCCGCCGCAGAGCUGGCAGCCCCGGGCAGAGCGCAGCCGAAUCCGACAUCACCCGUGAAUCUGAUCACGGCGGUAUGGAACGCGAUCGCCGGCGGCGAUGAGAAGCAGCAGAGAGAGGAUCUGGGCCAGACUCGACUCGCAUCGGCGAUAGGAACAUGGAGCUCUUCACAGGGGGGGAAGACCGAUAUCGCCGGGAAUCACGCCGAUGCCCUCAUCAUUACCGGAUACGAGCUGAUUCCAACCCCCCCCCCUCCCUACAGCAGUCCCGUUUGGAAGCUCAGUCGGCCGGAACCGGCAGGCCAUUCGCCGACAGCCAAGGACCAACGACACUCGAACCACUCGCAUCGCACGCCCAUGUGGCAAAGCACAACACACAUACAACCAAUGGUGUCCGUGUGUGUGCCGCGCCCAACAAGCUUUUUGUCGGAGCCUCACUACGAGGGGUGCUUGGCCGAUAGCGGAAAGCUUUCUGAGAUGGAGUGCAGCUGUUUGAACUCGACCUUGUCGAUGCCGAAUCAGGGGCGUGUGUUACAUGCCGUUGCAGCCCGGCGAUUAUUCAGUCAUUGGCGAGAGAACCAACAUAUUGAAACUUUUUAGCAAACAACGUUAAUUCGU